GUGGAAGUGUUCUGGUGAUUCUCGCUUUGCUGCUUUAGCUCCGGAGUAUUUGGCGAUGGGGCAGCUGGAGGUGUGGAGGUUCAUGUCAAGCUGCUGUUCUUCAUCACCCCAUGCCUAAAUUAUUGGCCUCCUGGACUUGAUUUUCUGCUCUAUUCACACCUUGCCUACUUCUGGGAUAAUUUCACUAAGCACUACUUUCAUGAUGUCUUCCUGCUUCAACAGUUUCAUGUAGUUUGUUUAAUUUCGUGAGGCCAUGUUUGUUUUAUUGGACACUUGGAAGAAGUUCCUGAGUCAUAAAAUUCUCAUCUAAGACAGUUGUUUAUUUAAACUUCAUGCAUCAUAACCACCUGGAGGAUUUGUUAAACGCAGAUUUCUGGGCUCCACCAUUUCUUGUUCAGUAGAUGUGGGGUGGGGCAGAGUUUCUAACAAGUUUUUAGGGGAUGUUGAUGGUCCUUGUCCAAGUCAUACUUUGAGAAUGACUGUUCUAAAAAACCAAGUUGACAUCAGCUGAAGGAAAUAAGCCUGAUAAAAGUUAAUUAAGAAAUUAGAAGUAGCGGAGAUGUGCAUGCCCUCUUCCUUUCCACCAGAUGGCAGUUUUGGAGCCAGUAGAAAGGAAAGAUCAUAAAUUCAGAAGUUUAAUGCAUUCAAAAGGAUUAAUAUCAUACAGCGCCAUUUGAUAAUGUCCAAGCACACAGAUGCCACAGAAGAGGUACUAUUGGAAAAAAAAGGUUGUGCAGGAGUCAUAACACUAAACAGACCAAAGCUGCUAAAUACAUUGAAUCUUAGUAUGAUUCAGCAGAUUUAUCCACAGCUAAAGAAGUGGGAACAAGAUCCUGAAACUUUCCUGAUUAUUAUAAAGGGAGCUGGAGAAAAGGCUUUCUGUGCUGGGGGUGAUAUCAGAGUGAUCUCGGAAGCUAAAAAUGCAAACCAGGAGUUAGCUCCAGUUUUCUUCAGAGAAGAAUAUAUGCUGAACAAUGCUAUUGCUUCUUGCCAGAAACCUUAUGUUGCACUUCUUCAUGGAAUUACAAUGGGUGGGGGAGUUGGUCUUUCAGUCCAUGGGCAAUUUCGAGUGGCUACAGAAAAGUGUCUUUUUGCCAUGCCAGAAACAGCAAUAGGACUGUUCCCUGAUGUGGGCGGAGGUUAUUUCUUGCCACGACUUCAAGGAAAACUUGGUUACUUCCUGGCAUUAACAGGAUUCAGACUAAAAGGAAGAGAUGUGUACAGAGCGGGAAUUGCUACACACUUUGUAGAUUCUGAAAAGUUGGGCAUGUUAGAGGAAGAUUUGUUAGCCUUGAAAUCUCCUUCAAAAGAAAAUGUUGCAGCUGUCUUAGAAAAUUACCAUACAGAGUGUAAGAUUGAUCGAGACAAGUCUUUUACACUUGAGGAACACAUGGACAAAAUUAACAGUUGUUUUUCAGCCAAUACUGUGGAACAGAUUAUUGAAAACUUACAGCAAGAUGGUUCAUCUUUUGCCCUAGAGCAGUUGAAGGUAAUUAAUAAAAUGUCUCCAACAUCUCUAAAGAUCACACUAAGGCAACUCAUCGAGGGGUCUUCAAAGACCUUGCAAGAAGUACUAACUAUGGAGUAUCGGCUGAGUCAAGCUUGUAUGAGAGGUCAUGACUUUCAUGAAGGCGUCAGAGCUGUUUUAAUUGAUAAAGACCAGAGUCCAAAAUGGAAACCAGCUGAUCUGAAAGAAGUUACUGAUGAAUAUUUGAAUAAUUACUUUAAGUCUUUGGGAAGCAAUGAUUUGAAAUUUUGAGGUGACAGGCUUUUAAGGUAUAUUUUGUAGCAUGGGUUGGCAAUCUCCAGCACAUGGGCCAAAUCCAGCCUGCUACCUGUUUUUAUAUACUCUUCAAGCUAAGAAUGGUUUCUGCAUUUUUAAAUGGUUGGAAAAGAAAUCAAAGACUAAUGUUUCAUGACGUGGAAAUUAUAUGAAAUAUCACAGUUCACAAAUAAAGCUUUAUUGGAACUAGCUAUACUUAUCUGUUUAUAUAUUUUCUGUGGCUGCUUUGAAAUGAGUAGUUGCAAGAGAGAUGGUAAGGCCCACAAAGCCUAAUUAUUUACUGUCUGGAUUUUGUCAGAAAAAGUUUGCCACUCCCUGUUUUAGAAGAUGGAAAAAUGAAGGUUUUUAGAUACUUUGUUGAGUAGCAUAUCUAAUUGAAAUGGGAUCUUUAUUUUGCUUUUGGUAGUGGCUUCUAUCUGGGUUAAAUCAACUUAGGUAUAGAAUAUAAAAAAAGACCCUGAAAAUUGUUUUGGA